CUGCAAAUUAGAAUUUGUAAUUUUAUUUUAAGUAGGAACACACUAGGAUUUCUAUGUACUACAUGGUGAUUAAUAAACUAUACAACAAACCGCAGUACAAAAAACUCUUCAUUGAGUUCGCGUUAAAAUGAAAUAAAAAUAAUUGAUACUUGCAUGCUUUCAGAAGCCACAAAAACGUACAGAGAAAAGCGAACAUCUUCACAAAUCACGUGUGGUUAUGAUGAAACGUUCGUGGCUUUUGAUUGAGAGUCGUUCGAAUGAGUCGAUCAGUAGCAGACAGAAGUGAGUCAAGAAUUCGGUUUGUCGCAGUUAUUCGCAACACUCAAUUUGAUACGUCAUCAAUGCUUGAUUAAAUGUAAACAUUCCAGUUUGUCUUUGGUGAUUACCGAAAGUGAAAAUUUAUCAAUUGAAUGAUAACUGAAACAGGCGAACACACGCACUACUGAUAAGAUAAUUAUGUAUUUAAAGCUGAAUCGAUGGCAAAUAGAAUUUGUUUUUAUUAAAUGAACUUAGUGCUAAAUCAGAGUUCAUAGUUACAAAGCUGAAGCGGAACGUGUCAAAACGUUUAUUUAUUAAUAUUAAAAAUAUUAUCGAAGUACACAAAUAAAUUUUGAGCUAAACUAAAAAGAAAUGGAACAACCAAGAAUUCAAUUCAAAAAACUGAAAGGUUUCCCAAAAGUAGAUGAGGAAAAAGUACAAACCGUUGCCUUUCUGGAAGCAGCCACAGAAAUCGUAUCAGUCCUUGAAACAUUUGGAAAGCUUUUUUCACCUGUGAUUAGUGAUAUGAAUGGAAAUAUAUUGAAACUAAAAAAAUCUUUUGAAAAGGAUGAAAUUAAAUAUGAAUACUUGGAGGACAUGAUUACAUUAAACGUGAACGUGGAUAACUUUGCUGCAAAUGCUUUGCUGUGGUUAAAACGGGGAUUACAAUUAAUUUGCAAAUUCUUUGAAAAUAUUUUUCAUGACAAACAGAACACAGAAAGUUUAAAACAUCAUUUACAGAAUGCCUACGAAAAUACACUAAAACCUUAUCAUGGUUUCUUGGUGCAGAGCACUGUCAAGAUAAUUUAUAGUUGGGUCCCCUCGAGAACUCAGCUUAUUGGAAAUGGUGCUGCCCAUGACGAAAAUUUGGAAGUAUUAGAAAUUUUUUUACCAAUUAUGCGCAAACAUCUAAAUAGAAUUGACAUUUUAUUAAAGAAAUAUAAUUUAGACGAUGCAAGUAAACCUUAAAAUUAUCUGAAAAUAAAUCAUUUAUAUAACGAUGCUUUGGUUAGAAAUUUAACAACACAAUCAGUUAAAUUGUAUUAAGUGAUGAGUUUUAGUAUUAAAUAAAAGAAUAGUAUUUUAUAUCAAAAUAGAGUCUUCUUGCAAUGCCGCUAAAAAUUUUUAAAAUAACAGCAAAUACGCA